UAUGUAUGUGUAUGUUUAUAUAUAGAAGCAGAUUUGGGCAGAGCUCACAUUCCACACAUUCCCUCGUGAGCUGAACACCAGAGCAACAGUUCACACUCAUUAAUCCACCGGCUGGACUGGACCCACAGGCCCGACCAGUCCCGACCAGUCCGGCUCCUCCAGUAAACACAUGGAGAACCCGGAGACACGGCUCCAGUCAGAGAGUGCCAGCGCAGGAGUGUGGCACCGAUGCCUCAGCUCACCACGCUGAAUGCCAGGGGGCUGAGAGGAGUCGAGCUGGGGGAGAGGAGAGAAGAGGAGGGAGGAGAGGAGGAUGGAGGGACUGAUGGAGAGAGUGAUCAGGACAGGACUGGAGGAGAGCAGGGGCAGAGUCAGAGGGGUACUGUUACUGGUCUCCUCAGACUGAACUGGACGCACUGGUCCAGUUGGCUGCAGGGUCUGGGUCCGGCAGCAGUGCUGUGGUUGGUGGUUCAGGAGGAGUCUCCGCUCUACUCGUCUCUCAGUCUGCUGCAGGCGGGGGGCAGGCUGCUGCAGGCUGUGCUGAUCUGGACCAUACUCGCCCUCUGCACUUAUUUAAUCCGCUUCCUUUACCAUAACAAAGAGACUUAUAUACAGAGGCUCAGAGGAGUAUCCUGGAUCAGUGCAGAACCCAUCAGAGAAAAUAAACCUUAUCAUCAGCAGCGUGAACAGGAUGCGGGUCAUCUUGUGUCUGUGCUCAGUUCUGUGCUGGAUGGAUUUGUGGUGUCUGUUCUUCAGGAGCCGGUUUCAGGAGAGUCCAGUCUUCCACAGAUACGCUGCCUCCUCACCAGGCUGGAGGUAGUAUUUCAGGCACUCCAUAAGGGCUCCCUUUCUGAGGGCCAGUCACUACAGAUCAAAGAGGAGGAAGAGGAAGUGAGUGAGGAAGAUUCUUCACUAAGGGACAGAGUCAAACACAUCCACACUUACCUGCAGGACAGGGUGGGUGCUCUGCGCUGCCUCCUGCAGGUUCAGGAUGAGUACGGCGGGUGUCUGGCAGAGGUUCAGCAGGGUCUGCAGGAGCGCUGGGAGCUUCUGGAGGAUCUACACACCAGAGUAACCCUGCAGCCGGAUCAGCACCAGAACCCGGAGGACCCCAAUACUGUUCUCUCGGAUACAGAGAGCCUCUACACACAGCUGGGUCUGUUUAGGAGGACGGUUAAUGAGUGUCAGACUCACCUGAACUCCUGUACACACCUACUGCAGGGUCUGGAGAGCAGGCAGAAGGUUCUGGCUGAGACGGUGGGUUUAACACUGGACUCUACGUGGAUCAAAGACUUUGUUCAGUCUAACUCUCAACAGUUCAAAAAGGUGCAGGAGAACUUCCUGUCUCUGGAGCAGCAGACCCUGACCUUUGUGACCCACCUCAGAGGACUCAGAGCACCGGGAGACAGUGGCGGGUGUGAUCUUGAGCCCGUUCAGACAACGCCCUCAUCGCCUCUCUCAUCUGUACCGGCCUAUACCGCUGUUUUAUCCACAGACAGUACUGACCCUCACCUGGACCCGGACCUGGAUACAAAACCCCCACCCAGACCCAGCUCCAAACUUUCAGCUAUGAGCUGUCUGUGUGGAGUGAGACGCAGGAAGUGAUCUGACCUUUGAGUCAGUGUUUGUUCUAAUGAAGGUGUGAGCUUCAGAGCUUCUCAUGGACACCUAGCAGCUAGUAUAUAUAAUAUUAGCUACAGCAGUGAAAUAAUAAGCAGGUCUAGCAGGUGCAGGCAAGCGUUGUGCUCACUAUUAACAACACAAGAAGAGGUAGUACGUGUGUUUGUAUUUCCAUGUUUUGGAAAAGGAGCUACAGAACUACACUAAAAACUGAUGCACUGUGAAAGAAAGAGGUGGAGUGUUAUUCCUGCCCACAGAGCUCCCUGAUAGGUCUACUGGGCAAUAGAGGGACACGAUUUGUAUGUGGGAGAAUCACAGUAAUCACAGGAGAGGUGGGAUGCCUGUGUCUUUCUGAAUCCUUUGGGUCUCCAGGUUUCUAAUGUUGUGGGUUAAUUUAUUGCUGUGGUCUUUGCCUCUCAAAAAACCUUCAGUAGGUGAAGUGGCUAAAUGCUAAAUGCUAAAUUGUAUGUGAUACCCUGUGAUAGACUGGUGCCCAGUGAUUUCAGACAGGUUCUGGAACCACUGUGACCCUGAACAGGAAGAAGAAGAUGAGCAGAUAAAUGGAUUGAUUGUUUUUUUUUUGGGCAACUGCUGUCUAUCCUGCUCUAUACUUUAGAGCCUUUUGUUUUUUGUUUUUGUUGAAGAGCAAAUUAAUCAUAAAGUGAGAAAAUGGCUCCCAUUAAAAUUGUGUAUUUCUAUUCAGCUUGUUUUUGAUGGAUUACUAUGAUUUAUAAUCAUGAUUCCACAUCAGUAACAAGAGAUUUAUUGAGUGUGGGUCUGUAAUACUUUACUC